AUGUUAGUUGAGACAAAACGCGAGAUGCCUGAAUUGACUGAAAUCAAGACCGACACUCCUCAAGCAGCUGCUGAUGCUGAGCCAAAGUUGACAGAUGAUGUCAGUGACACAGAAAGCGAUGAUUCAAUCCCAGAAUUGGAGGAUGCAACAGAAUCUACAGCUCAAUUAGGGUCGGGAGGUGCUGCUGGACUCCCAACCGACAUGGUGUCAAAAGCUAAGCAAUCUCGUGGCGAGAAGAAAGCUCGUAAAAUCAUGUCAAAGUUAGGCUUGAAACCAGUCACCGGCGUUACGCGUGUCACUAUUCGCAAGUCAAAGAACAUUUUGUUUGUAAUAAACAAUCCAGAUGUGUACAAGAACCCGCACAGUGACACUUACAUCAUUUUCGGUGAAGCUAAAAUUGAAGAUUUAUCACAGCAAGCUCAAGUUGCUGCUGCUGAGAAGUUCAAAGCACCCGAAACCACACCAGCCGACACUGCAUCAACCAAAGUCGUUGCACCAAUCGCCGAAGAAGACGAAGAUGAGGUUGACGAAGCUGGUGUUGAUGAGAAGGAUAUCGAGCUGGUGGUAACACAAGCAAACGUCCCUAGAGCUCGAGCUGUUCGCGCCCUUAAGAACAAUAAUAACGACAUAGUCAACGCCAUUAUGGAGCUCACAAUGUAAACAGGUUCAUUCAUUGAGCUUUCGACUUUCAUCACCGGUGGCAUUGAAAUUCAUUUCUUCUCUUUAAAACUAAAACCGUAAGAAAAAAAAUUAUUGAAAAAAUGUAAAAUUUUUCUCAUUUAUCAACAUACAAAAACUUGAAUAAAAUGCGAGAAAUCGAAUUUAUGGCGUAUAGAGA